AUGAGGCAGAAGAUUUAUUUUCUGAAGCAGUUGCAGAAUCAGGAUUCAAGGAAAGAUAUUUGUGUAACUUUUACAGUAACUUGGUGGAUUCACACGCCAAGCACAAAUCAGAGAGAGAGAGGCUGUGGAUUCUUGCAAAGAAUUAGAGCAGUUCAUUUUGCAGUCAUCCUCUAUGUGAAGCGUAAAGGAUACAAACCAUCUCUUUUUGAGAUUAGGUCUGUAAUUAGCAGGUAUGGGAGAUUGGGAUCCUUUGAAGACAAGAAAAGAAGCAUAGUUCAAAUGGAAAAUGAAGGGUUUAAAUUGGAUAGAGUUUGUUGUAAUAUGGUAGUUUCACCAUUUGGUGCUCACAAGAAGCUUUUGGACAUGAAUAAAGAUGAAGCUGAUUUGGUGACGGAAUUGGUGAAGUCAUCUGUUCUGGAUCAGUCCAUGGAACGAGAGUCUUUGGAGUUGAAGUUGGAUUUGCAUGGAAUGCAUUUGAUUAGUGCAUAUUUGAUUCUCUUACAAUGGUUUGGUGAGAUGCAACUGAGAUUUAUUGCUGGAAAUCAGAUGGCUCCGGCUGAAAUUCUGGUGGUGUGGGGCUCUGGAAAGCAAUGUUGA